AAGAGGAUUUUUCACGAUCGAGAAGGAGUAGGUGGCGAUGGAGGAGAAAGAUAUUGAUUACAUACUGGUGCCUCUGGGUUUAGGGAUUAUGAUUAUGUACCAUAUUUGGCUUGUUUACACCCUUCUAACAAACCCCAGACGAACCGUGAUGGGCCUCAAUGCCGAAAGUCGACAUCAAUGGGUCUUCUCUAUGAUGGCUGACCCGCUAAAGAACGGUGUAUUAGCAGUUCAAACAAUUCGCAACAAUAUAAUGGCAUCCACUCUUCUGGCGACGACCGCUAUUACUCUGAGCUCAAUAAUCAGCGUAUUCGUGAGCAGCUUUUCGGACUCGAAUCAUGCAGCUUCACAGUUGGUUUACGGAAAUAAAACGCCACUUUUAUCUUCAGUUAAGUACUUUGCAAUCCUGCUUUGUUUUUUGGUCGCGUUUCUUUGCAACGUCCAGUCGAUUAGGUACUAUGCCCAUGUUAGUUUCUUGGCUACGGUUCCUACAUUCAUAGAUAGAAGGGAACCCAUAAAUUAUGUCGCUAGAAACUUGAAUCGUGGAAGCCUGUUCUGGUCGAUCGGACUGAGAGCGUUCUAUUUUUCGUUUCCGCUUUUCUUGUGGAUUUUUGGGCCGAUACCCAUGUUCGUUUGUUGCUGUAUUAUAUCGUUUGUGCUUUAUUUCUUGGAUACGACAACUAGUUUCACUAGAAAUCUUCAUAGUUAUUCUGUUAGAGAGAAGACCGAAUCGAAUGAAAAUGUGGCAGUUUAUCAGCAGGACUUGGAGGUUUAAUUUGCUUCAUGGUUUUCAGGCAGCUCAUUUAGGUAAAUGACCUUAAUGAGUUUUUAAUUAAAUUCAUGACCCCCUGGCUACAUAAAAAAAUGGGUUUAUAUUCAUAAAGAAGGACAUGGAUUAAAUAAAAUCUCAUUUAAGGUUAUAUACCUAAAAGAAUCGUGUUCAGUCAGGACACGUGGACAGAUGGCAAAAACGUUGUUCUCUACGAUGGAUUAGUUUUCAAGGUAGAAGUUAGGUUC